UCGUCGUCAGCCUGUUGCGUUCGAAAAAGCAGCAAGAGCUCCAUCACAAAAACCAGCAGCAACAGUUUCAGAUUCAGAAUUCGGUUCCGAAUCCAGUAACCGUUUCGCGACGCGACGCGUGAAUACAUAAAAUAAAUAAGAAAAAGAUAAAUAAGCCACAAACAAGACGAACGGAAAGAAAUAUCUCGAUCGUCAUAAAUCAAUCCGUCGAGUGUGUUUUUAGAUCCAACGAAAUUAGAGGCAAUUACCACUGAUAAGAAUGAUGAAAGCCACAGCGUGGUUUUGUCCGGUGUUAUUAACUUUACUGUGCGCCACAAGGCUCGUCUGCACGGCCCAAAGAGGAGGAGGAGCGGGAUCGGGAUUGGGAUCGGGAGCGGAGGUCGUCGGAAGCGGCCGCACAAACGGAUAUCCUCUGGACUACCCCGAUGCACGGAACACACAGGAUGACUUUCUGCUGGCCAAGAGAAACAAACCAUCGCUGUCCAUUGUCAAUCCCCUGGAUGUUCUGCGUCAGCGCCUGCUGCUGGAAAUCGCACGGAGGCAAAUGAAGGAGAACUCCCGCCAGGUUGAACUGAACCGCGCCAUCCUGAAGAACGUGGGCAAACGAGUCCUGCUGCGAGGAGCAGGAUCUUCGAGGGUGAGCAGGCGGUACCGCCAGCAGUGGCCAGUGGAGCGGGAACCGGAGCGGGAUGGAGCUGGGCCCGAGGAACUGCAGCUGGACCGGCAACAGCUGCUGCCCUGGAAGCAUUUCCCCAGCCAACUGUGGAGCUACGGAUGGGCCCAGUCCCCAUCGUACUCUCCAUCGUCACAGUUUGCGGAUUCCCUGCAAUCAGCCUCCACUCGACCACAAUCCCAGGAACAGGCACAGGCACUCCCGGGUCAGAAGGCAGCCGUGCUCAGCUAUGCGAAGAAAUCUCUGGACGUGGCCGGAAUGGGUCUAACCAGCCAUCGGGUCAACGGAAAUGAAGCCAACGAAACAAAUCAUGAGCAAGGGAAUGGGAACGGGAAUGGGAAUGGGUAUGGCAAUGGAAAUGGGUAUGGUAUUGAAACUGAAAAUGACGAUGGCAAUGGGGCCAGUAAAAACCCGGCGAGAUAUGUGGAUGACGAUGAGAACUACAAUGACGUGGGACCGGAGGGAGUGGGAUUGGGCGUGGGUGUGGGACUGGGAUUGGGUCUGGAACGGUUCGAAGUGUUCGAGGACAAGCCCAACUGGGGAAACGAGGAGGUGGUGACCCCUGGUGGCGGCGGAGUUCGAGGUGUGGCCAAUGCAAAUGACCGAAUGCCCUGGUCCUAUCCCUACCGCUUUCACAAAAGUCAGCAUAAUGUUAAUUAAGUAAGUGAUGAUUGAGAUGCAAGUAUAUAGAUAAACGAUAAACAUACUGAUACAGAUACAGAUACUGAUACAGAUAUAUGUAAUACCGAUACGGAUACGGAUACGGAUAGGGGCACCCAACUUCGUAGUGCUUGACGGUUAUUAAUGCAAAUCGACGGUUCCUAAUGGCUGGCUACAAGGCAGGCAUGUUGUGUGUGCACAUACUCCUUGAUGACAAAGACAAACUUACUCCCACGUUGCUAGAUGUAUUCGCAUUUGAACUCUAUUUUAUCGAAAAUAACCAACGGUGUAUGUAACGAUUUAUGCUACCUCUCUCACAGAUACUGUUGAAAAUAAAGCCCCCGAAUUAAUGUCAAACAUACUUUACUAGAUCGAAAUCGAAAACACCUUUUUGCUAAUACACCGAAGCUAUAGCGAAGAAAACUCUAAACGUAAAUGCAUGCGUAAUUGAUAGUGAUCUAUGUGUAAUUUUAAUAAUUAUUUUUUAACGAUUAACGUUAAUUAAUCAAUCGCAUGCAAUAUUGACCUGUCGAAUGGGAUUUCAAGUGUUUUUAUUAAUGGUGUUUACUAACUACAUACUACUACUAAAAAAUGAAUUGUGGUUUAUAUUCUCCGCGGGCGGAAAUCGGUUUUUAUGUUUGCUCUGCUUAAACUUGUGUAAAAAAUGCUCAAAUAGAAUAGACAUACACACUAUUUACACGCUCUGUUUUCGUUGAAGCUGCAUUUGGUCACUAUUAUAUUUGCGUUGUUGAAGGGUUCAAGUUUUAAGAUAUUAAGAAACACAUGGUUCCAAAUCAUACGAAUUACGGAUAACGAUUUUAAAGUAGAUCAAAAUCAGCCGUAUUACCCAAGCAAGUACUUCGAUACAUGAAUACGCCACGUGUUGUGUAAAUUAACAAGGAAUUUACCCAGCAAAUUAACCAUUUAAAAGUUACGUUCUGUACAUUAAUAAAUUUAAUACAAAUUAAUUUCCCUAUGUGUAUGUAAAUAAAGAUUCUUUUUCAGAAAAGCUAAACUAAUUAAAUUCCAAAAAAACAAGAAAUCAAACGAAUUAUAUAUUAUACAAAAUUAUAUGUAUGUACGGAUAUACUUAUUAAAAAAGGAAAAAAUAAAAUCAUGAGGCAUUGA